AUGUGGACAUAUUUUUUUUUUUUUUUCAAUUUUCAAACAAUGAAAAUCUGUGACGCAAUUUCUUUCUUCGGACGAACCUACAACAAUUUAGGCUCAAUCACGGAAUGUAAAAACAACGGAGAAUGCGUGAUAAAUAAGAAAAAUCGUACGGCUUGUAAAGCUUGCCGUUUAAGGAAAUGUCUUCUAGUCGGGAUGUCAAAAAGUGGGUCCAGAUACGGCAGACGUUCAAAUUGGUUUAAAAUUCACUGCCUCCUACAGGAACAAUCGCAAAACGGUACAAACAGACUAAAUACGAACAUAUUCGGGUCUCCCCCGGGUUUUUUCCCCGGAUCGUUUUUAUCAAAUUCCCUUUUGUCGCCGGAUAAGUUUUUUCAAACGGCGGCAGCUUUUCACGGAUAUUCUUCCCGUUCUAAAAAAGAAGAAGUUAGCAAUCAUUCGGAAUCGGGUGAAUCGUCCGCGGGUGACGUGGAUGACGAAAGUCGUUCUAGCAGUGCUUUAAAUAACUACAUGAGACCUCCAUCUUCGCACAAGACGCCAUCUCCCUUUAGCGAUAAAGACUAUACGCAAAGGAAUUCGGCAUUUAGCAAACAUUUGUCUCCAUUCACGCCGGCCGUCUCGUUAAAUCUUCCAACGUCGCCCAUCGGGUGCACGGUAACCAAUUCUCCGUUCUCGCCGCCCGUCACCGGAGGCGGCAUGUUUUUCCCUCCUUCGCAACCCUCACCAAAUCGGUUAUUGUUUCCUUCGGUAGUGACAAAACCCGGCGUCGUCACGCCGAUCAAUCCGUUGCUGGGAAGCUGGCCUCCUCCAAGCAUGCAAAACGGCGGAAAUUUACUUUUGUGCAGUCCGGCAUUGGCGGGAGUCGCCGUAGAACAAGAACAUCCCAUAGAUCUAUCAGUCAAAACAUCGACGAUUUCCUACAAUUCGCCACCUACUCCGGUAAGCAACAAAGACUCUGAUAAUUACAAAGAAAAUAGUGAUGUAGAUGAUGACGACGACGACGAUUUAACCAUCGACGUCGAAUUGUGCAAGGAAAGUGUUCUUAUUAAAAACAAUCCAUUAGAUUUAACGGCUAAAAGAGUGGAAGUGCCACAAUCUGGUUAA